AUGCCCCCUUCUCCCCUCACAAUGAUUCUGCGACGUCUCCCCACCCUGGCCCGCCGCGCCGCCCGUCACCACUACGACUACUCCUCUCCUUCCGCCUCCCGUUUCCCGCUCGCCGCCGGCGCCGCCCUUCUCACAGCCACUGCCCUACCCCUCGCCCUUUCCGACGCCACGCCCUCCCCUUCCCAUCCCUCGUUCGACGCGCCACCAAUCCCAAAGCUCACCCCUGACUCUCCUCCUUCCCCCGCCUCCCCGCCCAGCCCGCCGACCCUCCUCUCCCGCUACGCCGUCGCCGACGCCGUCGAGAAAGUCAUCCCCUCCGUCGUCAACAUCCGCCGCGUCGCCUCGCGCAAGAAGCUCUCCUCCUUCAUCUUCGACGACUCUGAGGCCAUGGAGAUCAGCUGCGGCUCGGGCUUCUUCAUCUCGGAGGAGGGCCACAUCGUCACUAACACGCACGUCGUAACUGACCGCCCGUCGGACCCCGCGAGCGAAGCGGGCGAUGACUCGUUUUUGCACGUCACCUUGUCCACUGGCGAGACCUACGUCGGUCGCAUUCUCGCUGCAGAUCACGAGUCCGACAUCGCCAUCAUCAAGGUCAAUAUCGACGCCCCCGUGCCUGUGGCAAAGAUGGGAGACUCGGAUGCCGUGCGCCCAGGCGAGUUUGUCGUCGCCGUUGGCUCCCCGCUCACCUUGUCUAAUUCGUGCAGCUUUGGAAUUAUCUCUACCAUUCAUCGCGACUUGGCUGUCAGCACGGGAGAGCCGUCAGGGGGUCUCACUUACUUGCAGCUUGAUGUGGCCAUCAACCAGGGGAGCUCGGGCGGCCCGUGCAUUUCACUCGAUGGCGAGGUAGUUGGCAUAUGCUCGAUGAAGAUCGCGGGCAAUGCGGAAGGGAUCGGCUUCGCCAUUCCAAUCAAGUACGCUCAGAAAGUUGUUGAGGAUUUGCAGACCCAUGGUUACGUGCGCCGCCCAUUCGUCGGCCUGACCCUUAUUUCGGUCACGCCGCAUCUGUUCGAGGAUAUCAGAAGAGAUACAAAUUAUCGCCCGCCGCGCUGGUUGGAGGCGGAGAUGCGCACGACGAAUAGCUCCAAGUCCGUAGGCCUCAUGGUGCAUAACAUAACCAAGGGAGGGCCGGGAGAUCGGGCUGGCUUGCGAGCGGGGGAUGUGGUUGUAGCUGUCAAUAAUAUGAACACGACGACGACGUCUGAGUUUUUGGCUGCGCUUAACUUCCAGGUACAAAAGGAUUGUAGACUCAAGGUGAGGAGAGGCGCUCAUGGGAAUGUCGAGCAUGUUACGAUACGUCCCGAGGUGCUAACUCCAAAUCGGCGAUUACGGUAG